AUGCAAUACGCCGAAGUUAUCAACGAAUACCGCCAAACCGUCGAUCCAUCGCGCACUUUAUCCAAGCAAAAUUAUGAAAUCGACACGAUCAUCAAGAGUCGGUCCAUAGGAAACAAAAAGGAGUACUUAAUCAAGUGGAAGGGAUAUGAUCAUGUGAUCUGGAACUCCUGGCUCGCCGAGUCUGAGCUCAAAAAUUCUCCUCGAAUUCUGACGGAGUUUCUGGCCUAUGAUAGCGACUCCAACGCUUCCCCGAACGCUCCUCGCUCUUCCAAUGUAGUUGCUCCUUCACCGGUCUCUCCACUUUCUUCUGUUUCUGGAUCCGGGUCAUCCGCAUCUCUCUUUACAGUCAAAUUGAAAGGAAAAGGCUCCUCUGACUCAACUGGAUACACCGCAAAUUCUAAUUCUAGUUCUUCUUCAAAGUACACCACCAAGACUGUCCCACUGAAAACAACCUCGUCCAGAAACAAAAAUAAGAAUUCGGAUGAGAUGAAUGGAGAUGUUAUCAAGAAGCGAAGAAUCGAGAAUUGUGGAGAUUCCGCCAGUUUCAGUACCAAAUCAGUCGACACUAAUCGACCACACUCUCGUUCCCGGUCCUCAUCGACUGAUUCGAUUCAAAUGGACCACAUUGUAACCUAUCCGGAAUCGGAUGGAGGGUCGACAUCGGAUUCGGAUGACGAAGGAGCACAGCCACCGAACGACUAUCGGAUUUCUGACACCGGUCUUGCUGUGGCCCCGUGGCCAAUUCCACCUCCAACUCUGAUCGGUGAUAGAGUCCUGCCUCCACGAAACAUAAUAUUUGACGGAUUCCACCAAGGUAACAAAAUGGCGGCGUUAUUCAACGAAUCGCUGCGCAAGGUCAACGAGCAACAACCACCAACAAUUAUUGAAGAAGACGAGUCGCCAAAACGUGCCAAUCGACCACAAGACUUGCAAGGCUUCUCGAUUCUUGCUGAAAAAUGGCGGAGCAGCAGUUCCGAUGAUUCCGACGACUCGCUUCCUGUUGGAAGUUAUAUUAGCACGAAUUCGACGCCUGGGAGAUUCUGCAAAUCUGUGGAUUUCCGCCCACUCCGUCGCGAUCCCGACUUGACCGGCUUGGAUAGCUGCAGCACCGUUCCCAGCACACCGAUUCACAAGAAAAAUCCACCGCUUCCACUGACAAUGGCUUCCAGUGCUAGCCAGUCACGCUUCAAGGUGGUUCCAGUUGAAACACGGUAUAAAAGGGAUAGAUGGACUUGUGUUGAUUAUUAUGAUUCUCUCAGGGACCCCUACUUCAGUCCCGGAAAGCAGGCGAUCCCCAAGCCGACGGCAGUGAUCAAAAAGGAGGAAAUUGUGAACCGAAGUAGUCGCUCGCUCUCAGACAUCCAUCCAUCGUCCUCGCCAUCUGUGGUUCAAACAUCUGGAAUCCCAAAACCCGCGUCUCAUCUUGUCUCUCCAAAUCCGAAGCCAGUGUAUACAGUUCCAAAAACAGUUCCGGCCAUAACUACCGUAAAAACUUUGAUCGAACGCCGCCCGAAUCGUCAAAUUUGA